CGGAAAAGAAAGAAGAACAUGAGGUAGCGUCGGUAAGUUUAGACAUAUUACACAGAGCAACGAUCACUGCUAGAUAGUCUGGUUAAGAUGCCAGUCCUCUGUAGCAGUUGUGCUGAGAAGCGUGCAGUGCUGAAACGUCCAAAGACGGCCCAUUCCCUGUGCAAAGAAUGCUUCUUCUGGGCCUUUGAGGAGGAGGUGCAUCAGACAAUAGUCUCAGCGCAGCUCUUCAAACAUGGAGAAACUGUGGGCAUCGGUGCCUCGGGUGGGAAGGACUCCACUGUGCUGGCACAUGUCAUGAAAGUCCUAAAUGAGCGCUAUAACUACGGCCUGAAACUACUGCUACUGUCAGUGGAUGAGGGCAUCACAGGUUACCGUGACGACUCCUUGGAGACGGUGAAGAGGAACCAGCAGCAGUAUGAGCUGCCUCUGAAGAUUGUGUCCUAUGAGGAGCUGUAUGGCUGGACCAUGGAUGCCAUAGUGAAGCAGGUUGGACUGAAGAACAAUUGCACUUUCUGUGGAGUGUUCAGAAGACAGGCGCUGGACAGGGGAGCCAUGAUGCUGAAGGUUGAUAAGAUUUGUACAGGUCACAACGCUGACGAUGUGGCAGAGACAGUUCUGAUGAAUGUUCUCCGAGGAGACAUCGCCCGUCUGCGUCGCUGCACUGCUAUCAGCACAGCCAGCGAGGGCGAGGGGGUGGUGCCACGCUGCAAGCCCCUCAAAUACGCCUACGAGAAGGAGAUUGUCCUCUACGCCUACUUCAAGAAGCUGGACUACUUCUCCACAGAGUGCAUCUACUCCCCCAACGCUUACAGAGGCCACGCCCGCACCUUCCUGAAAGACCUGGAGGCUGUGCGGCCCAGCGCCAUCAUGGACGUCAUCCACUCUGGGGAGAACCUGUCAGUGAGGGAGGGUGUGAAGAUGCCCGUUCAGGGGACCUGCGGCCGCUGUGGCUACAUCUCCAGCCAGGCUCUGUGUAAGUCCUGUGUGCUGCUGGAGGGCCUGAACCGCGGCCUGCCCAGACUAGGAAUCGGAAAGCACCACCGUCUCCACGAGAAGAUCCUCUCACAGCAGCCUCUGACCCAGAAAGAGGAGAGGAAGCUCAAGGCUGUGGACUUCUGAGAGGUGAAUAGGCAGAACAUCUCAGGAUCACCACCACUGUUUCUGUUAAGUGACACUUUGAAAUGAGUGACCCAAGAUGACACAACCAGAUGUUGAGUUGUUUUAAAGGUUCAGCUUGGAGUUGAAGUAGGGAUGUUACGUUGCCUCUAAUGAAAGAGUGGCCAGCGUUUUCCCUUGUCAGCCACUCAAAUCAAAGUUAUUGGUCUUGUACACAGAUAUCCACACCUUGUUAUUGGAUUUCAACAUUGCAGAACCAAUUUUAUUUUUGUUAACUUAAGUUUACAAUUGUAAUUUAGAAAAUAAAGACGCAUGGACAAAAUGAUUGGCAUCCUGGAGCUAGUACUUGGUUUCACUGCCCUAGGCCCAGAUAGCUACAAUAAGCAUAGUUGACAGUUAUCAAUGAGCUUGCUGCACCUUCCUACUAGCACAUUUGCCCACUCUUCAGCAGCAAACUGCUCUAAUUCUUCAAUGUUUGAGGGGUGCCCUCCACCAUCUGUUGUUUUCAGCUCUCGCCAUAGGUUAUGGAUGUGAUUCAGAUCUUUUCUUUUCACAGGGCCACUCCAGGGCCCGGUUUCCCGAUGGAACUUAGGCUUACGAGUAUAUUAACGAUGCAUCUUACCUACAACGGUCCCAGACGUAACAUGAGUUUCCCAAAACACCACGCAGAGAGAACGCUCACUAAGUGCAUCGUUGAGGCAUGUGACGAUACUGAUAGAAUCAAAAGAAAAGGUAACGCUGCUCUCGGAUCAGAAUUCUCCAUUCAAAUCUGACCUUAACAUUAGAAUUAUUCCACAAUACUGACAACGGAUCAGCUCUUAGGAGACAUAUCACCUAAGGCUACAAAUAUUGAGGCUUAUUCUAAUGCUCACCCUAUAAUAAUGCACUAAAUCAAGAUUUGGCACAUCAUUAAAUAUAUUGAGGGAAAAAAUGGACAGUAGUGUACAAGUAGCAAAAUAGAAGUGAAUUAAUUGAACAUGGAAUGUAUUUGAAUAUGAUUGAAAGAGGCCUAUAGCCUAGUGUAUUUCUAUUGGGAUGCAGUCAUCUUGGUUGUAAUGUGAAGCAUCUUUCUAUAUGUCCAUUGUUUGUAUCAAUCGCAAAGACAUUGGCAACUUUGUAUUUGUAGUCAACGUUGUUCUGAAGUUAUCGGUGGUUACAGAGCGACGGAUAAACCAUGGGAUUUAAGGUUUAGCAGAGAUCCUCUGUAUAACGGGAGGGCAAAAAAGCGUCUGACAAACUUAGCGGUCCUGCGAGUGGUCUGAGGCAGGCAUUAGAUUACGAGUGUUUUAAAUGCAACGUUAAUAACGAUGGUUUUGGGAAACUGCUCAGAGAUUUUAACGAUGCUCCUACGAAAGUUCUAGCUAUGAACUUAACCUUAAGAUGCUUUUGGGAAACCGGGCCCUGAGCAGCCCAGCAACUCUUCUUGAACCAUUCCUGGGUACUUUUGAUGUGUGUUUGGGGUUGUUGUCCUUCUAUAAGGCCCACAACCUUUAACAGAGAGAUUUUUUUUGGACACUGGAUGAUUAUUAUUGGACCUUGGUAAUCUGCUCAUUACAUGAUGUCUUGCACACAUUCAAGGCCCCCAGUUUCCUAGGCAGCAAAGCAACCCCACAGCAUUUUUCGAACCUCCCCAAUUUUUGAUUGUAGGGUGUUGUUUUCUUUGAAUGCUUUGGUCAUUGGUAAACACAGUAAGACACGACUGCUGGGAGACAAGAAAGCCUGGUGGAACUUCUCCAAACAAGGCAAAAUCCUGGGGAAAAUGUUCUGUGGUGUUUUUACUGACAACCAAAUGAAGCAUUCAAUGAAAAGAACUCUACAAUCAAAGAUGAGUGAGGUCUGAUGGUUCUGUGGGGUCGCUUUGCUGCCUCAGGUACUGGGGACCUUGAACGUGCAGGCAUCAUAAAAUCAGCAGAUUAUCAGGUGUUUUGGAGUCCAGUGUACAACCCAGCAUCCAAAAGCUGUCUCUGCAUUGAAGGUUGUGGGUCUUCCAGCAGGGCAAUGACCCCAAACACACAACAAAAAGCACCCAGAAAUGGUUCAAGAAAAGAUGCUGGACUGUUCUGGAGUGGCCAGCAAAGUCCAGAUCUGAAAUGGGGAAUAAUUUAAGGAAAGUCCAAGGAUGCCAAUGUAUAUUUGGCUGCAACUGUAAAAUAUCUGUAUAGACAGUAUAUGAAUAGAAAGGUGUGUACAGCAGUAGUUAUAUAGGAUGAGCCAUGACUAGAAUACAGUAUGUAAACAUUGUUAAAGUGACCAGUGUUCAGUGACUAUGUGCAUAGGGCUGCAGUCUUUAACGUGCAGGGUAGAGUACCGGGUGGUAGCCGGCUAGUGACAGUGUCGUAACGUUCAGGGCAGGGUACCGGGCUGAUGGCCUGGAGAUAGAAGCUGUUUUUCAGUCUCUCGGUCCCAGCUUUGAUGCACCUGUACUGUCUCCGCCUUCUAGAGCGCGUGUUGAGCUCAUUCUACGGUGGGCCGAGUGUCUGCGGGUUUCUGCUCCUCCCUUGUGCUUGAUUGAUGAAUUAAGGUCACUAAUUAGUAAGGAACUCCCCUCGCCUGGUUGUCUAGGGCAUAAUUGAAACUAAAAACCUGCAGACACUGUCCUCUGUGGAAUGAGUUUGAAACCUCUGUUCUAGAGGGUAGAGGUUGAGCAGGCUGUGGAUCGGGUCUAAAUGGGGAAGUGAGAAUGAUUAAAAAUGUCUUUCUUGCAAUUUCUGGAAUCCAAAUGCAAUUUACAUUCAGCUAUGUGGUCAGUGAGUCAGUACAUUAUGAAACUUCUGUCAGCUGAUGAUUGAAAUACAAGUGUAUUUUGUAUGGUAACUGUAUAUUAAAGCUAUUCAACCUUU